GCGGCACGUUGUUUUGCCCGUGGUGUGGAAUGGGGAGUGAAGCGAGUUGGCAAAAAUUUAGGAUUAUGUUGCGACCCACUGUCAAUCGAGAUAAAUAUUUAGUUCGAUAUCUUAUGAGAGUACGAUGCUGGUGUCACGUGAGAAGUAUUACUACAUGUUCUACGAUGAGAAACUUGGAUACGUAAAAGAUAGAAGAACUAGGGAGAAUGCGAACGUCGCUAUGACGGCAAAUCGCAUAGUCGUGCUUCUCGUCUUCGUGUCAGGAAUUGCGGUUGCUGUCAUUGGAACGUUACUGUCUCAAUACAUUCGCGGUUCUCUGAAACAUUUAUCAGAUCAUGAUUAUCGUCAUGUAUUUAUACCACUGCCGACGGAAGGUGAGUUGAACGUAUACGACGAAGGUACCCUGGAUGUUGCGUUGCCAAGAUCUCAGCUGCAGCGUCAAUUGGAAAUGGAGAACAGCGCGACGUCCAUUGCGGAAGCUUUAACCUCGUUACAUCUGGCGUUGGAGAUGAAAUUGUCGGGCAAACAGAAGAAAGCGAUUAAGCUGUUUCAACACGCUGUGGCUUUAGCGCCCCGUCAUCCAGACAUCUUGAAUCAUUACGGCGAGUUUUUAGAGCACACACAGAACGACGUUAUCAAAGCGAAUGAGUACUAUGUACGAGCGUUGAGUUUUCAACCGAACCACGAAGGUGCGUUGAUAAAUAGUCAGAGAACGGCUCGAGUGGUCGAGGAGUUGGAUCGAAGAAUGCUGCGUCGCAUAGACGAGAAACGAAACGCACUGUCCGCGAUACCUGAUAACAAUGCCGCGUUGAUACGCGCGAAAAAGGAAGCUUACUUUCAGCAUAUAUAUCACACGGUUGGCAUCGAGGGAAACACGAUGAAUUUGGCUCAAACCAGGGCGAUCGUUGAAACCCGUACUGCGGUUGCUGGUAAAAGCAUCGACGAGCACAAUGAGAUUCUUGGCUUGGAUGCCGCGAUGAAAUAUAUCAACGCGACUCUGGUCAAUAGAGUUGGAUCAAUCUCUAUCAAGGACAUAUUAGAGAUUCACAUGCGCGUUCUAGGACACGUGGAUCCCGUCCAAGGUGGCCAAUUCCGACGUACUCAAGUGUACGUUGGUGGUCACGUACCUCCUGGUCCUGGAGAUAUUCAUUAUCUUAUGGAAGAAUUCGCGCUAUGGUUAAACAGCGAGAGAGCUAUUCGAAUGCAUCCAGUCAGAUAUGCAGCUCUAGCGCAUUAUAAAUUGGUACAUAUACAUCCGUUUUCCGAUGGAAAUGGUAGAACAUCUCGCUUGCUCAUGAAUAUGAUUCUUAUGCAAGCUGGUUAUCCGCCGGUUAUUAUUCACAAGCAGCAUCGGCACACGUAUUACGAAAAUCUUCAAAUAGCCAACACCGGUGACGUUCGACCGUUCGUUCGGUUCAUAGCAGAAUGUACUGAACAAACGUUGGAUCUAUUUUUGUGGGCAACUAGCGAAUUCUCUAGACAGGUUCCCGCGCUUAGUCAAGAUACUUUGUUCACCGAACGACGCGAUACCAUCAUUCUAGAGGAUGAUGUGACGACGGAUAGUGUUACGAACGCUUUCGAUACUGGUUAAUAGCUAGUCCAUGAAUUUUUUGGAUUUCACGCUACGUGUUAACCUACGUAAAUCCUAAACCAAAGAUUUUGACUCGCUAAACCAUUUGUUUCCCUCUGUUCGUAGACGUCGUCUAAUGGUAACACGUUUCUUAUAUUUAAAUCGUAACUUCCGGUUCGCGAGCCUCCAACUUUUUGCUUAGAAAUGUCGUCAUUUAGAAUUUCGAUUUGAUCCAACAAAUCGAACAUCCAGCCUGCUUCUAUUAUUUUGUUAUACACGAUCGCACACAAUCUUUCGUUAAUUAAAUUUCUUUUUUUUUUGUUUUUCUUCUUGUGCAUGCGUUUAAUUUAAAAAAUUAAUCAUGCUAACUGUUAUCGACGAGAUUCCUUAUACGACGUGGUAUGCUUCCAUUUAUAAUUUCUGCUACUUUUUAUCGUAUGCGCCAAAACAGUCGACAUAGAAAACAUGGCGAACAGAGAAACUGAAUCAAAGACUGUGAUGUAAUUUAAGAAUACGACAUAAGUUAAUAUUUAAUUAGGCGAAUUUUAAAUGUCAACAUCAAACGUAUCAUGAAAGUGUCGCGUAUAAAUGUAUGAUCAGAUGUGUAAUCGCUACUUGCUGGUCAAGUUACUUGCGAUAUGAUUUAAAUACAUACGCUACUUUUAAUAAAUUCAUUAUUUUCUAAAAUGUUUCGUUCACGUAUUCUUUUUACCAUUUUCUAUGCAAAAAAAAAAAAAUUGUGCGGACACGUUUGUCGGCAAACGAUAAACGAACUUGCCAUUAUCAUCGACUAGCUUGAAAGCAAUUAGAUGUCGUUCAUUUAUCGAUCAAUUAUGAGCGUUUCAUUUGAUAUGCAUAUGACAAAGAGAAAAGAAAAAAAAAAAAAGAAAG